AUGUACGGAUCGGGACAAGUGACGUGGAACCAUGCCGUGCAGUUAUGUGAAUCCCUAAACGCCAGGCUGGUGACAAUUGACGGUGAAGACAUCUACAACUUCCUCAUAGAUUCAUCUGUAUCAAGCUUUGCAGCGGUCUGGGAUGAUUUUUGGACCGGACUACAUUACGUCUCUGGUGAGUUUCGGUGGCACUCGUCAUGCGCACUUCUGGGAAGCUAUCAGCCGUGGAUGACUCUCAGAUCUCCAGAGUUCAAGAGUUGUGUCCUAGGCGACUCUUUCCUUGAUGAGGAAGGAUUUUUAAGUACCAAACCUUGCUACAUGGCGCGGGGCAAGGCAUUGUGUGAGAGUGUUCAAGGGUCUUGCAGUUUUGAACACCUUCAUGCCAAAAAAACUCAGCCCGGGCCAUACACCAGCACACAGUUAACUGUGGCCAGCCUGACCGAAUCUGUCGUUAAUGAAAGUCCAUUGCCGCAAUUUUAUGACUCACCUUACCUCGACGAACAACCCUGGUCUGGCUGUACUGAUACAAGAAUGGCUUCGGUCGCCAGCACAGACGCGGCUUCGAUGGUGGCAACUGUCAGUGGCACAGUAAACAGUGAAACAACCACCAGUGAAACGACCAGCACAACAGCAAUCAGUGGUGACCUAAUAAGCACAGAGUCAGUGGACAGUUACACAACCAGAAGUGGAAUAUCAAGCCAUGCCACAACCAGAAGUGGAAUAUCCAACAGUGGCACGAGUAGCACUGGUAUGUCAAACAGUGACACUACAAUCACUGCAUCAGUAAGCAAUGAUACAACUAUCAGUGGAAUAUCAUUCAGCACGGACUCGACAACCAGUUACACAACAAGCACUCGAGUAGUGAGCAGUGUCACAACCACCUGGGACAUAUCAUCCGGUGACACAACCAACAGGGGCAUAUCAAGCAGUGGCAUGAGUAGCACUGGCAUAUCAAGCGGUGACACAACCAGCAUUGACGUAUCAAGCAGUGACACAACCAGCAGUGGCGUAUCAAGCAGUGACACAACCAGCAGUGACGUAUCAAUCAGUCACACAACCAGCAGUGACGUAUCAAACAGUGACACAUUCAGCAGUGACAUAUUAAUCAGUCACACAACCAGCAGUGGCGUAUCAAGUCGUCACACAACCAGCAGGGACGUAUCAAGCCGUGACACAACCAGCAGUGGCAUAUCAAGCGGUGACACAACCAGCAGUGACGUAUCAAGCGGCGACACAACCAGCAGUGGCGUAUCAAGCAGUGACACAUUUAGCAGUGACAUAUCAAUCUGGCACACAACCAACAGUGGCGUAUCAAGCGGUGGCACAACCAGCAGUGACGUAUCAAGCAGUGACACAACCAGCAGUGACGUAUCAAUCAGUCACAAAACCAGCAGUGACGUAUCAAGCAGUGACACAUUCAGCAGUGACAUAUUAAUCAGUCACACAACCAGCAGGGGCGUAUCAAGCCGUCACACAACCAGCAGGGACGUAUCAAGCCGUGACACAACCAGCAGUGGCAUAUCAAGCCGUGACACAACCAGCAGUGACGUAUCAAGCAGGGACACAUUUAGCAGUGACAUAUCAAUCUGGCACACAACCAGCAGUGGCGUAUCAAGCGGUGGCACAACCAGCAGUGACGUAUCAAGCAGUGACACAACCAGCAGUGACGUAUCAAGCACUGGAGUAGUGAGCAGUGUCACAACCAUCAGUGAAAUAUCAUCCGAUGACACAACCAGCAUUGACGUAUCAAACAGUGGCACAACCAGCAGCGACGUAUCCAACAGUGGCACAACCAGCAGUGACGUAUCAAGCAGUGACACAACCAGCAGUGACGUAUCAAUCAGUCACAAAACCAGCAGUGACGUAUCAAGCAGUGACACAUUCAGCAGUGACAUAUUAAUCAGUCACACAACCAGCAGGGGCGUAUCAAGCCGUGACACAACCAGCAGUGGCAUAUCAAGCGGUGACACAACCAGCAGUGACGUAUCAAGCGGCGACACAACCAGCAGUGGCGUAUCAAACAGUGACACAUUUAGCAGUGACAUAUCAAUCUGGCACACAACCAGCAGUGGCAUAUCAAGCCGUGACACAACCAGCAGUGACGUAUCAAGCAGGGACACAUUUAGCAGUGACAUAUCAAUCUGGCACACAACCAGCAGUGGCGUAUCAAGCGGUGGCACAACCAGCAGUGACGUAUCAAGCAGUGACACAACCAGCAGUGACGUAUCAAGCACUGGAGUAGUGAGCAGUGUCACAACCAUCAGUGAAAUAUCAUCCGAUGACACAACCAGCAUUGACGUAUCAAACAGUGGCACAACCAGCAGCGACGUAUCCAACAGUGGCACAACCAGCAGUGACGUAUCAAGCAGUGACACAACCAGCAGUGACGUAUCAAUCAGUCACAAAACCAGCAGUGACGUAUCAAGCAGUGACACAUUCAGCAGUGACAUAUUAAUCAGUCACACAACCAGCAGGGGCGUAUCAAGCCGUGACACAACCAGCAGUGGCAUAUCAAGCGGUGACACAACCAGCAGUGACGUAUCAAGCGGCGACACAACCAGCAGUGGCGUAUCAAACAGUGACACAUUUAGCAGUGACAUAUCAAUCUGGCACACAACCAGCAGUGGCGUAUCAAGCGGUGGCACAACCAACAGUGACGUAUCAAGCAGUGACACAACCAGCAGUGACGUAUCAAGCACUCGAGUAGUGAGUAGUGUCACAACCAUCAGUGAAAUAUCAUCCGAUGACACAACCAGCAGUGGCAUAUCAAGCAGUGGCAUGAGUAGCACUGGCAUAUCAAGCGGAGACACAACCAGCAUUGACGUAUCAAGCAGUGACACAACAAGCAAUAACGUAUCAAACAGUGGCACAACCAGCAGCGACGUAUCAAAGAGUGGCACAACCAGCAGUGACGUAUCAAGCAGUGACACAUUCAGCAGUGACAUAUCAAUCAGUCACACAACCAGCAGUGGCGUAUCAAGCGGUGGCACAACCAGCAGUGACGUAUCAAGCAGUGACACAACCAGCAGUGACGUAUCAAGCACUCGAGUAGUGAGUAGUGUCACAACCAUCAGUGAAAUAUCAUCCGAUGACACAACCAGCAGUGGCAUAUCAAGCAGUGGCAUGAGUAGCACUGGCAUAUCAAGAGGAGACACAACCAGCAUUGACGUAUCAAGCAGUGACACAACAAGCAAUAACGUAUCAAACAGUGGCACAACCAGCAGCGACGUAUCAAAGAGUGGCACAACCAGCAGUGACGUAUCAAGCAGUGACACAUUCAGCAGUGACAUAUCAAUCAGUCACACAACCAGCAGUGGUGUAUCAAGCAGUGACACAAUUAGCAGUGACAUAUCAAUCUGGCACACAACCAGCAGUGGUGUAUCAAGCGGUGGCACAACCAGCAGUGACGUAUCAAGCGGUGACACAACAAGCAAUGACGUAUCAAAGAGUGGCACAACCAGCAGCGACGUAUCAAAGAGUGGCACAACCAGCAGUGACGUAUCAAGCAGUGACACAACCAGCAGUGACGUAUCAAUCAGUCACACAACCAGCAGUGACGUAUCAAGCAGUGACACAUUCAGCAGUGACAUAUUAAUCAGUCACACAACCAUCAGUGACGUAUCAAGCGGCGACACAACCAUCAAUGCCGUAUCAAGCAGUGACACAUUCAGCAGUGACAUAUCAAUCAGUCACACAACUAGUAGUGGCGUAUCAAGCCGUCACACAACCAGCAGGGACGUAUCAAGCCGCGACACAACCAGCAGUUGUAUAUCAAGCGGUGACACAACCAGCAGGGACGUAUCAAGCAGUGGCACAGUCAGCAGUGACGUAUCAAGCAGCGAUACAACCAGCAGUGGCGUAUCAAGCGGUGACACAUUUAGCAGUGACAUAUCAAUCUGGCACACAACCAGCAGUGGCGUAUCAAGCGGUGGCACAACCAGCAGUGACGUAGCAAGCAAUGACACAACCAGAAGUGACGUAUCAAGCAGUCACACAACCAGUAGUAAUGUAUUAAGCAGUGACACAUUCAGCAGUGACAUAUCAAUCAGUCACACAACCAGCAGUGGUGUAUCAAGCAGUGACACAUUUAGCCGUGACAUAUCAAUCUGGCACACAACCAGCAGUAGCGUAUCAAGCAGUGACACAACCAGCAAUGACGUAUCAAGCAGUGACACAACCAGCAGUGACGUAUCAAGUCGUCACACAACCAGCAGUGACGUAUCAAGCGGUGGCUCAACCAGCAGUGGCGUAUCAAGCAGUGACACAACCAGCAGUGGCAUAUCAAGCGGUGACACAACCAGCAGUGACGUAUCAAGCAGUGACACAUUCAGCAGUGACAUAUCAAUUAGUCACACAACCAGCAGUGACGUAUCAAGCAGUGACACAACCAGCAGUGACAUAUCAAGCAGUGACACAACCAGCAGUGACGUAUCAAGCAGUGACACAACGGGAUUUGGUCAGACGUUCUCGUCUCCUACCCCUAACCGUCUGUUAACACUUUUUGAUUCUAACCGUGUGACGUGGAACCAUGCUGUGGAGUUGUGUGAGUCACAAGCAGCUGGUCUGGUUACCAUUGACAACGCAGACAUCUACGAGUUUAUCAAGCUGAUGUCAUUGUCGCUCUGGAGCCCGAAUUGGGACGAUUUCUGGACAGGGCUACAUUACGUUCCCAAUCAGUUCCUGUGGCAAUCGUCUUGCGGAGAAUUCGGGAGUUACCGGCCGUGGUUUAGCAACAUGUCCUAUGAGCAAAAGCCGUGCGUAAUAGCUGAUUCUAGUCUGCCAGAAGGCUCCUUCUUGAGGACCAACCCAUGCUACAUGCCGCGGGGAAAGGCUUUGUGUGAAAGAGUUGAAGGAACUUGCGGCUUUGAGCAUAAUCUGGGAAAAACCGUUAAGCCCGGGGACUUCUUUUCAAAUGUGGUGAAUGCAGGAGAUUCCCAGGGAUGUCAAACUGCCUGCUUGAGUUAUCAAGGACCCAACGAGUGCUGGGCAGCGGAGUAUGCAAGCGAUGCUUCGGGUAUCAUGACCUGCACACUUCACUAUGAUGUCUCCAGCACAGCCAUGCAGGCGAGGAUAGAACCAAACAUGGCAAAUCCGAUUGGUAUUACAUACCGCAAAAUCUGCUUUUCUGCCGAUGUCGAUUCAAGCAGCCAGUCCAUUAAAUACGCGUCUACAACAUCUGACGAAGAGCCUUGGAAGGGAUGCACAUCUGUGGUUAACGAAGCAACAACUACUUCAGAGCCUGUCACUGACACAAGCAGUGGAGUCACAACCAGUAAUGGAACAACCAGUGGAUUCACAACAAAAAGUGACUCAACGAGCAGCAGCACAGCCAGCAGUGAAACAACCAAUGAAGUCACAAGCGGCGAAGUCACAACUAGCACCACAGCCACAAACGCCGAAGUCACAAGCGGCGAAGUCACAACUAGCACCACAACCACAAAAGCCGGUGUCACAACUAGCGGAGGCACAAGCAGCACCACGGCCACAAACGCCGAAGUCACAACCAACACUCACACAACCAGCACUGGCAUAACCAGCACUACUACAACCAGAGAAGACACAACCGGCAUAACAGCAAGCGGUCCAUUCAACAGUGUGACAGCCACUGGAAGCACCACAAGUACAUCUGAGUCUGUUUCGGCAGUGGUCGAGACCUUGGCGACCACUGAGAUCCUCAGCAGCAUUUCCUCGACAUUUACGCCUUUGCCAUUGUCGUCACCGAUGUUUAACACAUGGCCUUCAACAUCAGUCACACCGGAUGCGCGGCCAUUUCUACUGCCGGUUUCUGUCGCUCGUACCGGAAAUUCAACCAUUUGCUGCGCAUGUCACCAGGGGAUGCACCUUACAGAAGAACAAAAACGGGCAAUGAUGGCGAAGAUUUUGGCCAGCCUCUCUCUGAACACUGCACAGGUUUUGGCCAGGCAGAGGCGGCGUAUCAGCACCAGGGACAGUCGCCUGUCCGCCAUGACCUUGGGAUAUUUUGGAGUUUUUAUGAUGGCUUUGUUCUUCGCUGGAAUAAUAGCCGUUGAUAUUUCAUACGUUGUGAGAGAUGUUCAAUAUUUUAUCUUCAAAGUGGAGAUUGACCACCCUAUGCGAGUUCAAAGAUCCAGACGAAUCGUGCCCAGGAGGUAG